GCUGUCUGUUAUUUUCUCUCAUCUCUAGCUGGUAUUGGGAUAAUUUGUUUCUUGUUUAAGACCUGUUUUGAAGAAGGGAUGGCACACAUCUGAGGGCAGGGGAAGAUUUCUUCAUAACACGUUUUCAGAAAACAUUUAUACUAACAAGAGCCUCAUGAAUAAAUUUGACUUCUCAGACAUGGAUGCAGACUCUCCUCGAGCUCCUCAAAAGAAGACCAUGAGUCAUGAAAGUUGUCAGAAAUUCUCCAAGUUGCUCCACACCUCAUUCAUAAUACUUUUACUGCUAUUGAAAAUCUUAUUCUCAGUUGCUCUGAUCACUUUGUUUCAAAAACAUUCUCAGUUUCUUGAUGAAAAAGCAAUUACAAAAGAACUGAAUUACACUGAAUUGGAGUGUACAAAACAGCAUCCACUCUCGAAAGACAAAGUCUGGAGCUGUUGCCCAAAGGAUUGGAAGUCAUUUAGUUCCCACUGCUACUUCACUUCGAAUGACUCAGCAUCUUGGAGUGAGAGUGAGGGGAAGUGCUCCAGCAUGGGUGCUCAUCUGAUGGUGAUCCUCAGCCAGGAAGAGCAGGAUUUCAUCACCAAGAUCCUGAAUCCCAAAGCUGCUUAUUAUAUUGGCCUUUCGGAUCCAGGUCACCGACAGUGGCGAUGGGUUGAUCAGACACCAUACAAUAAAAGUGCCACGUUCUGGCACCUAGGUGAGCCCAGCUAUGACUACGAACAAUGUGUUAUAAUAAAUAAUCGAUAUUCUGGUUGGGGCUGGAAUGACAUCGACUGCAGUGAUAAAGAUAGGUCAGUUUGUCAGAUGAAGAAAAUAUACUUCUGAAUUGAGCAUUCUCCACAGACAUGGGAUUGCAUUUUUAUCCAGCACUACAUGGACACCUGAAAAGAUUUUCUUGUGGAAGAGAUGUCCAUAGAAAUUUAGGUAGGCAGCCAAUAGUUUUACAUAUGAUAGAUAUGAUAGAUAAUACUGGUCCCCAUAUAUACUUCUUUAUUCAUCCAUUACUCUUUAUAUAGUGAGAAUUCCCCAUAUACCAGAGACUCUACAGGAUCCUCUGUGCAUAUGUAGAAGCAAUCCAGCCUCUGUGUCCAUUCUUAGACUCCUAAAGUCUUAUUUGAUGAUAGAAUUGCAUGAUGCAGACCCUCUACCCAUUUCUCUAUGUUCUUCUGUCUUUGGAUUUAUUGAUGUAUAAUUGACAAAUAAAUUAUGUAUAUUUAAGUUAUACUGCCUUGACUUAAAUGGAAAUGUAUUGGGCAAUGGCUACCACAGUCAGGUUAACAACACCCUUUGUUACCUAACAUAGUUGUCUGUUUUGUAUGUGUGUGGUGUUAGAACAUUUAAGAUCUUCUUUAGCAAAUUCAGACAGACAGGGUCACAUUGUUACCUAUCGUCACUUUGAUCCUCAGUGCUUACUCACACUUUCUCUGGCAGUUUGUGCCCUUCCAUCAGCAUUUUCUUGUGUCCCCCAAUACCUGCACUGCCAGGAACCAUUCAGCAUCUUGGUCCCCAUGGCUAGUGUGUGAGGUGCUGUGGGUGCCGUGAGGCUGAUGUGGGCCUCUGAUGGUGGCUGAUCCUGGGCUGGGUGACCUUUAUCAACAGCAAGUCUAAGAAGAUGAUAGCACUCCCAUGAUUUUUGGUGUCUCAGGUUCGUACAGGCCAUGUUAGGGACAGCCUCUGCCCUGUGGAUGGACAUUAAGGAGACCCACAUGUCCCUUGGGAGCCUGUAUGCUACUUAACA